AAACAAUAUAUAAACACUCAAAGUAUCUGCUAUUGCUGCUGGUUUUUUGUUCCUUCUUUUCUUUCUCUUUUUCCUUAAACUUUUUUUUGACAUCUCUAUCUGUUUUUCUAUUCAUUUAUACUAUCGAUAGUUUUAUUUAAAUUGUUAAUUAAGUUUUUGCUUUGAUACACAUUCUCUGCUUUCCCAAUCUCCAACAAAAACACAUCUGCUUUCUGCUUCCACAUCUCCCAUCAUUUAUAUCUAGUUUGUAUCUUAAUUACCUGAUAUGGCUACUAAAGAUUUUCUAAAAAUUAAAAAUCUUUUGAAUAAAGAUGAAAAACUAUGUCAGCUAAAUGAUAUAAAUAACUUGAAUCACUUGAAGAUCCAAACUGAUUUCACUUCAAAGUCUUUCAAUCUUGAUGACAAAGUUGAUACCAAGCAAAAUUUAACUCCAAGAUUUUUUUCUCGUUCAUCAACACCCACAUCCACAACUUCCAAUUCCAAUUCCAAUUCUACAUCCUUAAACUUAUUUCCAAAUUAUUUUUUGUCUCCUUUUUCUUCUCAAAAAUUAUCUCUGUCUUCCUCUUUUCCUUUGUCUUUGUCUUCAUCGUCAUCCUCACUAUCUCCCUUCUCAUCUCUAUCAUCUCUACCCUCUCUACCCUCUCUACCCUCUCUAUCAUCUCUAUCUCCUUUAUCAUCUCCCAUCUCUUCUUCUCAUUCAUCAUCAUCCUCCAUUAUCUCUUCAAUUCCCCCUUAUAUCACCAAUCCUCUACUUGAGAGCUCUCCAUCUUCCUUAAGUAACUUUACCUCAAGCAUCCCAUCCUCCCCAACCAACUACAUUUUUGUUGAAAAUGAUUAUAUUGUUAAAAGUGAUUUCAACACCAAUACUAUUGGCAAGGAAAAUAAAAACGCUCAAAAUACUCAUCAAGACCAAAAAUUUUACAAUUUUUCUAAUAAUUUCAUCAAGUGUUCGGAUAAUCUAACUAAAAAAUACGAUUAUAACAUUAAAAAAUCUAAAAGCAAAUUAGUAAUUUCAAAUAACUCUUUAACUUUAUCUUACAAUCAAGAUAACCAAUUUUACUUUCAAAAUAAUAAUAAUAAUAAUAAUAAUAAUAAUAAUAAUAAUAAUAAUAAUAAUAAUAAUAAUAAUAAUAACGAUUAUAUUAACAAUUUUAUUAACAAUAAAAAUAAAAAUCAAAAUGAGAAUGAGGAUUUAAAAUUCUCCUUUGACCAAACUAAUAAUAAUUUCAAUUCUUUAAAUAUUUGCACUUCAACCACUAACUUCAUUAAAAAUCCGAUAUUGGACACACUGGCAUACUUUCCAACAGACUUGCAAAAUUCAAACUACACUUACUUUCAAAAUAACCAAAAAAAAUUUAAACUCAUUGACAAAUCAGUUGUUGGCAGCGCUCAUUCAUUCCAUGAUACUAAUAAUAACUUUAAUAUCAAUGCUGACAAUACUGAGGGCAAAAGGAGUAUCAAAAACAUUGCUACAGAUAAUGACCCUUAUUCAAUUAGCAAUCCAAUUUCAAUUGGAUCUGCAGCUGCUCCCAAAAAAUUUUCCGUACUCAAUAGCUUUUCAAAUAAUAAUAAUAAAAAUAACAGAAAAAUUAGAAAUCAUAACAAUAACAGCAAUUCAAAUAAUACCAAGCACAAAAUCACCAAUGAAAAAACAAAAACAAAACAAAAAAACAAAACAAAACAAAAAGUAAGAACAAGUGCAAAAAAUAAAAAGGAUAAUCUGGUUUCAAAAUUUUGCUUAAAUUAUCAACACCUCAAUGCGCCUGCACUAAAGCUAGCUAAAAAAAGACACUACAAACCAUAUCAAAGCGCUGUUUCAAUCCAAAAAAGAACUGGCAGCAAACGCCCUCAAGGCAGACCAUUUACCAGCUGCUUGCAAGCUAGAUUUGUUUUACACAAUAAUUUAAAAUCAUUGUUUUGUUCAUUGACUAAAAAACAAACCAUUGAUUUUCUUCAUUUAGGCAGGCCCUCUGGUUGUGAUCCAUCUGAUAUGCAACCCUAUUACAGAGCUCUUGAUGAAGAAAGUAAUUUGAGUAUUGUUAACAUUGAUAGAUAUGAAGAUACAAACAAAUAUCCAAGAGUCAGACAUCUUCGUUUUGAUGACUGUGGUAAACUUUACCAAAAUAACAUUUACAAAGCACUAUUGGAUAUUUUCCAAAUUGAAGAAUUAACUUUUGUUAAAGUUAUCAGAGACUGUAACAGCAAAAUAAUAAAACUUGAAACUUUUAAACCAAUUGAAGAGGACUUGAGCAUUUACUUUGAAGACUUGAUUGAUUUAGAAAAACAAAAUGAUAAUAAUAAAAAUAAUGAUGAUGAUGAUGAUGAUAAUGAUAAUGACAAUCACAAUGACAGUUAUAGAGCUAUUGCCAAACACUUGAAUGAUAACCAAAGCUUGAAUUCUAACGGUGAUAUCGGUAUAAACAAUAUUGACAAAGAUAAAUUGUUUUGUUCACCAGAGUGGAUUAAAAAAAAUAUCACCUAUCCAAGAUACAAAUCCAAUAUGAAAAUCCACAUUUUAAAAGGCUCAUUUGAGGAAAUCAUAUACAAUGAUAUCAGAAUGUUAGACUGGGACAUUGAGAAAAACCACUUGGAAAGAAGUUUCAAAACAAUCUUCUUGGCCAAAAAUCUUUCUGUUUGAGUUAUUUUUUUUUUUGCUUAUAUUUUACAGAGUUAAUUUAUUUCUAUUACUUUCACUACUAAUCAUAUGUUUAUCACUUCAAUUUUCAUUUUUCUUAUCAAUUAUAUUACUAAUCAUUUC